CCCGCUAUUUUCAAGUUCAGAUAGCGCUGUGCGCAGUCAUAGCUGUUAUUUUCCCUGUUGCACGCCCGGCUGCUUUGCUGUCAGAAAUAGAAUGGGUGCUUCAUACACGAGACUUCCUGCUAACAACCCCGCCAUCCCAUUCUGUAUAAUCAGUUUCUUUCAUGACCAAAUCCACAUUUUCAAUGCGGAUUCCAACCUGGUGUCACUGGUUCGAAACUGCCUCCAGUCUCACUACCCGAAAGGUAUUCAGAAGGAAUCUAUGCGAACAGAUGCUGUCAUUUUCAAAUGUAGUGGGUAUCCUUUCUCGCCAAUUUAUUCCUCAACUGACCACAGAAACUUCCUCAACUUCGCCUGUGCCUUACUGAAAGAGCUCUCUCAGGCAGGUUACAUCAAAGUCAUGUCCGGAGACUUCUGCUGGUACAGUGAUCUGAGUGCCUGGUUCUUCUACAAGUCUCCCUGCAAUGUCGCCACUGACAUCGAGUUCUGUGCCAUUGACCUUUGGGGAUGGGACAAACUUAAACUUUUCAGCUGUCCGCCUGAAAUAAACGACGCGAUCAAGUACGUAGUUGCGGAGAACUGGAAGGGUAUUCAGCGGGCGGAGUACGAGGAGGAAUGUUUCACUAUUAAGAUGAAGGGCUACCCCUGGCAGAGUCCAAGUGGGGAGGAUGGCGUCAAGAACAGGCUGCUAAUAAUGAAGAUAAUGCAGUCAAUGGGCCAGUAUGGGUGGACUCUCUACUCGGCCACGAAUGUGGACGCGGCCACAGACGUUCUGUUCUUCUGCCGGAAGAAGAACUUGUACAUAUCGCCUGCCUUCACCCAGUCUAUAUUUGCUAUCAGUCUCAACAGAAAUGACAGACUCAGGUUGAUGAAUGCUGAUGGAGCCGUCCAAGAUAUUAUCCAAGGUGUGAUCAGGAGCUUCUGGCCCGAAAUUCAAAAUGAAGGAGACCACUACGGAAGUUACGAGUUCAAGUUAAAAGGUACGCCGUGGUGGGCUAGAGGAGAGAGUGCAAUGCCCUCUGUUACCCUCCUCUGCCAGUUGUUCACUGCUCUGAGACGGUCUGGAUGGAAGGCCAUAAUGAACCUGGACAUUAGCAGAUCUCAAAAUGAUAAAGGUGUGUUCUUUUUCGUGAGAAUGCCGCCCAAAGAUGUGAACUAUUGUGCACUGAGUGUGAAGGGUUCUAGUAAUAUUUAUGGAGUUCAUCUGACCCCUGAGAUUACUUCUCAUCUGCAGCAAAUUAUACAGGGUUUCUUCGACUUCUCGCGGCAGCCAGAGCAAGUUUACGGGGGCCAGGCGACCAAGUGGAGUCUGCAGUGUAUUCCCUGGGCCUCCGUGGGGAAGUCGCCUCAGAAGUUCAACUCGCAGCUGAUGAUUGCGGGACUCAUAAACGGCAUGAUUGGGUUCAACUACCACUUAUGCAGUUCAGCUGACAUCUCCAGCAUCUACGUGCAUAGAGACAAGGCGCCCGACUACAAACCAGAUGGUGAUACUAUGUUCUUCGGAUUCGACGACCCCCCCUUCAACGUCGGUCUAUUCACAGACAUACCUGCCUACACUCCCCCACCCGACUUCUACAGUUCUUCGGCGCCUCCCCCUCCCCCAAGUUACGACAUCCUAUUCUCCUCCUGAUUGGAAUCGGUCAAGUAGCAGAUGCCGGGUCAGAAUAAUUCUUCUCGAGCUCAGGAGAACAUAUUUUCUAUCUUAAACUAUUUUCUAUCUUUCUAUCUUGUGCACAAAUAAUUGUCAAAGAGUGAUUUUGGAUCUUGUGAACUACUCUGCGCCAUGUUCCAUAGAUAAGAGUUUCCAAUUCUCAAAAGGCGUGUUUUAAUGAUUACGCUUAUGAAAGUUUUGCUUAUGCAUGUCUCAGGUCUUCCCCACCUUAUUACCUUAUGGGGGUUAUAUUCCAAUAUUGGCAUGUUUCAAUAUUGGCAUAUUCCAAUAUUGGCCAUUAUAUUAACAUGUUUCUCGGUCUAUUUUCUCGAAUUCAGAAUAAAUUGUAUUUUUAAACAGGGUGAUAUUCAAAGUUGCCAGGCUAUUUUCAUUUGAAAUGGAGCGUGCUGUUUUA